UUGUGUGGUUUGCAUGCUAGAAGAGAAAGUUAAGCAAUACUCUCUUUUUUGUUGUAAGCUUUUUUUUUUCAAAUUGUUUUUAUAUUAUUAUUUUGAAAAUGAGAAUUUCAGUCACAACUUUGAGUGAUCUUGUUAUUACUAUUGACAUAAGUCCCGAUAUGGAGUUGGAAAACUUUAAAGCACUUUGUGAGUGUGAAAUCGGUAUACCAUCACAUGAAAUGAUCAUUACAUAUGAAGGACAACCCCUACUAGACAGUAAAAAAGGCAUCGGAGCGUAUGGCAUUAAGGAAGGAGAUAUCGUACUAGCUCUGCAUAAUCGUCUUGAACAAACUGCCAAUCGAGCUCCUGAUUUAGGAAUAGAUUUCAGUUCUAUAAUGGUUCCUGGGUCAGCUCCUCCACCAAAUCCAUCCCCUACAGCAUCUAGCCCAGUCGCAGCUCCGACAGCGUCUUCACCUACUACCCGAGAAGAUGAAGUUGAAAAACUAAGGAUGUCGCUUAUGAAAUACCCAGAACAAUUGAAUUUACUAAAACAAAACAAUCCUAGAUUAGCUGAUGCUUUUCUGUCUGGAAAUAAAGAUCUGUUUGCUAAAGUUUUGAAUACGCAGCUUGCUGAAAAAUCUGAACGUGAAAGAAAACGUAUUCAGAUGAUGAAUGCUGACCCCUUCGAUCCAGAAGCUCAACGGUUGAUAGCUGAGGAAAUCAGACAAGAUAAUGUUGAUUCUAAUAUGGAAGCAGCAAUAGAGUACCACCCAGAGAGCUUCGGACAAGUUACUAUGUUGUAUAUUAAUUGUAAAGUUAACGGCCAUCCAGUUCGAGCUUUUAUUGACAGUGGUGCCCAAACAACAAUAAUGAGCCAAGCUUGUGCGGAAAGAUGCGGCAUUAUGCGACUUGUCGAUAAACGUUUUGCAGGGUUUGCCAAAGGAGUUGGUGUUCAAAAGAUUCUUGGUCGAGUUCACUUGGGACACAUAGAAAUCAAUAAUGUAUUCUUACAAUCUUCUUUUUCAAUACUAGAAGAUCAAGUAAUGGAUAUGUUGUUAGGGUUAGACAUGCUUAAGCGUCACCAGUGUUGCAUAGACUUGAAAAGAAACGUUUUAGUGAUUGGAACAACUGGAACUGAAACUCCGUUUUUGAGCGAAUCAGAUUUACCAAAAGGUUUUGGAGUUCUAGGAGACUUGUGUGACAUAGAUCCUACAAAACCUGGGUCUUCAAACAGUGCAAUCAAAUAAGUGCAAAGAAUCAUAAAUGUUCUAAAGCUUUUGUACUUGCAUUUUACAUCAUAAAAUGAUUUUUUAACAAGAUACUUUACAAAUUUAUUUCUUAUUAUUCAAAUAGCCUUGAGCUUACAGUUGAUUUGAAAUUGCUGUGUAAAACAUGAAUUACAUGUGUGGUCAUUUUCAGUUUUUGUUUGCACUAUAUACAUCUUGCUAAUUUCGGUAAUGAUCUGUUUUUGUAAUUUUUAUUUGGUACCUAUCUGUU